GCUCUCUAGAAUCAGAGCCAAUCGAAUUUCUUCGUGAAAAAUAAAAUAAUAAAAUGAUCUCUAAAUUUUCUGUCAUUUCAACUGGUUUUUCAACAGACCUUCUUUCUUCAUCUCUCUUUUCCUAAAAACCCUAAUUUCAACUUCUUCUCUCAUGUCCUGUAAAAUGACAAGAUCAGAUUGAAAGUGUGUAGAUGUAAAAAAGAAGAUGGAAGUUAAUGUAUGUGAUAUCAAUCACUUGGAUGCCGAUGUGCUUUUGCCUCCACGAAAGCGGCUUCUAGCCGGAUUGAAGAAACAGAAUUCUGAUGCUUACUCAUCUACCCCAUCCCCACCAACUGUUAGUAGUCCCGGGUGCGAGUUUGAUAUCCGUCUUAAUAAUCUAUUGAAAUCUCAUUUUGGUGACUCUAAUCGAUCGAAUGAGGAAAUUGCUGAGGCCUCGAGAUUGGCAGCUUUAGAAGCUGCGAAGGCUGCGAAAGCAGCAAGAGCCGUUGCGGAAGAGAAGGCUGCUAAAGCAGCAAAGGCCGUGGCUGCUGCUAAGAGCGCUCUAGAAUUGGUUGCUACUCUUUCUGAUGAGACAGCCAGUAGGGACAAACAUUUGAAGAGGAAUAAGAUGAAAAAGCAUGUUCCUGUUCAGAUGCUGUACAAUAAGAAUAAAAGGACUAAUAAUUGUAGAACAGAUGAAGAGUUAGCCCGGACGUUGCAUAGGGCCAUAAAUAGCUCUCCAAGAAUUUUGAAGAACUCAACUGAUGACUCGAGAAAUCACAAACACAAGAGGCUUAAAAGGUCUUCGCCUUCUGAAAAAACUAAGGUUCAGAACGGAAGUACAUCCUGGGAAGGCAACCGUCCUACCACAAGCAAUGGGAAUGGUUUUGCUAGAGAAAAACAUUCAGAUGGGCCUAUCUCGGAGAAAGGCCUAGUUAGAGUAGAUUUAAACACAACAAAAUUCAAUAAAGCUGACCACACAAAGAUGGAAAAUGGGGAAGCAUCACAAUCUAGUAAAGCUGACUAUGUAAAUACGGAAAACAAGGAAAGAGAAUCAGUUAUCUCAAAGGAGAAAUUUGGGGAUUCUCCAGAUGAUGUUUGCAGCAUUGGGAAAAAGAAGGGAAGGCUUAAGCAGAAAAAGUUACCCCUCAGCAUUUGCAGCUUCAGGGAUCAAGCAAACCCUAAAGAGGAUUUGAAAUCUAAGAGUCCAUUGUCACUCGAUGAAAACAUCAGCAAAGGUACUACUACCAGUAGUAAUCCCAUGUUUCCGCUUGAGAGGGCAUCAAUGUGGAAGUGUCAGGCGUUCAAGGCACCCACAUGCGUUGAACAAAAUAAGAUGAUGCAGUCAUAGUCUUGGACUUGGUAUUUUCAUUUCAACAAGUGCGGCUACCGUGAUGAGACUUGUAGUCUGAGGUAGUGUCAUGUAUGCUUUCUUUCCUUCUUUUUAUAGAUAAGGCCUCUUCCGUCCAGUUUCUUUUUGCUUUUUUAUGGGCAUUGUAAUGUUUUGGACAUACCACCGUGUAUAUUUUGACAAUCAAUUGCUUGCAUAUUUUGUAUUGCACAUAAAAGAUGCCAUCUAUAUUUUCGUCUGGCGAGUGGCAGCAGAGCCAGAAAUAAGAUGGAGAGACAAUUCGGAAUUUUCAGAA